UCCAGGUCCAGGUCCAGGUCCUGGUCCAGGUCCAUCUUGUCUCCAUGUCUCUCUGACACAUUCAGAACCUCAGAUGUUGUAGAACCAGAACCUGCUGCUGGCCUCCAUGUUGCUAUUUUAAUCAUUUUCUUUCUCUCUCUGCUGUCACAUAAAAUGCAUUAAAUCUCGUCCCUUUGCCAACAUGCAUGUAUGUAGCCUCUCUCUCUCUCUCUCUCUCUCUCUCUGUGUGUGUGUGUUUGUUGUUUGUUUUGAGACUUUCUGAUGAAAUCUGACAGAAAUUCGUUAAAGAAAUAAAAUCCUCGCCCCCUGAGGCCAUGUCGCUUCCUCCAGCGCUGCUGUCAGCUUAGUGAGCAGCAGAGCGGUGUGAAACGCCAAUCAGUGCAGUUGCCAUGGAGACCGAGGUGGCGAUGCAGCAGCAUCAUCAGCUGAGGAUGAGGAGAGGCGAGCUCGGCGCUUCCCUCAGUCGGAGAAACGGAUCGGAUCAGCCGGACGGAACCAGUUUUUACAGAGUUGCUGUUAAUCUGCUGAUUGUUUUCAUGCUACUGCUUCCAGUUGCUGAGCGGCGCUGAGUCUCUGUGUGACUGAGAGUCUCGGUUUAAUAUCUGCCGCCGCCUCGUCGCUCAUAAAUCACCACGAGUGUCUCUGGUUGUUUGUCUGCAGGAGUUUCAUCUCAGCAGCUGAUGGUUCAUCUCAGCUAACGGCGAGCGGAGACGCCUGGAGCGAGAGGGAGAUCCAACAUGGCUGCCGAGCAACGCAACAUGGCCACUGAGGACGGAGAGCGAGGAGGACUGAGGAGGAAGCCGACGGGUCCACCGAGGCUCCUUCUGGGAAGAACCAGAACCAGAAGCACUGGAGAGGAAACCAAACCAGAACCGGCCGGGAACGGGGAGGAAACGUCGGCUGUGAGCGACGACCAGACAGCCUGCAGGGGGCGCCAGAGCGCUGCAGGGAAAAGGAGACGCAGGUGGUGGAGCGGCAUGACCUCAGCAGUGGGCUGCAUCAGGAGACAGGAGGACGGUGAGGCUGGUCCACCAGAGGGGGCGCUGCAGAGGCCUGAGGACAGUGAGGAGAGUCCACCAGAGGGGGCGCUGCAGAGGCCUGAGGACAGUGAGGAGAGUCCACCAGAGGGGGCGCUGCAGAGGCCUGAGGACAGUGAGGCUGGUCCACCAGAGGGGGCGCUGCAGAGACAGGAGGACAGUGAGGCUGGUCCACCAGAGGGGGCGCUGCAGAGACAGGAGGACCAUGAGGCUGGUCCACCAGAGGGGGCGCUGCAGAGGCAUGAAAAGACGAGGAAGAUGAGGAACGUUUUGAGGAGAUUCGUUCCGCUAAGGAAGAAAUCUUCUCCAUGGUUCCGGACUAAACUGCAGAAAUUCUUCAUCAGAACGGGAAGGAGACGGUCCGUCCCGCCGGGACACGAGGAGGACGCGGUGUUAGGAACGGACCUGUGUGCUUCUGGACUCGCCGGGAUUCUUGAAGGACCUCCACAGGUCCAGAUGUUCUGCUACCAGGCGAAAUGUUUACCUGAAGACCCGGAACCUACUGCAGAGAUGACGGACCCUGAAGAUGGACCGGUGCCGGUCCAGACGGCUCAUAUAAACCAGGUUCUGGUGCGGGACGUGUCCUCAGAGGAGGACGAGGUUUUGUUUGACUCAGAACUUGUUGUGGACCUCCAUGACCAGCCCGCCUUCAAGUUCCCCACAGAAGACAAGACGGUCCAAAUGUCUGUCCCGCCCCAACCAUCCAUCAACGGACCGUCCAUCCGGAUCCAGCUCUGUCCUCCGGACGACUCCGCCCGGGAGGAAGAGGAGGAGGAAGGCUGGGUGGGCGUGGCCUCCGCAGAGAGCCACCUCCUCCACCUGAUCUGCUCCGACCCGAGCGAGCGGCAGCUGCUGCAGGCGGCUCGGUCGCUGGUCAGAACCGCCAUGACCGCCGCUGUGGAUCAGCUGACCCGAGAGCAGCGAGGCGGCGGAGGCUCCGCCCACCUGGAGCCACCGGGCGCCAGGUGACGGUCUGAGUAGAACUAGAAAACACCUGGCUAGCAUUAGCAUUACUGAAACAAACACCUGUAUAGAUUCUCAUAACAAGCUGUUGAUGCUGUAGCCUCAUUAUAACGACCACAUGAAUGUUUCUCCACCUGAACGCGGCAUCAUAACCGUCCUCUGCUAAGCUAGCUGCUGCAUUACGACACUUCCUGAUGGGAAUAUCAGAAUAAAAGCGCUUCCUGUUCUGAUCAUCUUA